CGCAUCGCACGUCAUCGAACAAUAACUGUCAAUAUGAAAAUAAUGGUUAAACAGAGACAACGUGGAAAACGAGGUGCAGGGAUAUUGAAUACUGUAAUCAACAAAUUACCAUUCGAAGCCCACAUUCCAGGUUAUCAAUUUGCGGGUCCUGGAACACGGUUAGAAAAGAGAUUAAAACGAGGUGAUAUUGGAGUGAACCCGCUUGAUGCUGCUUGCCGCAAUCACGAUAUCAUUUAUAGUAAAUACAAGAAUCUCGAAGACCGUCAUAAAGCGGACAAGGUGUUGGAACAUCAGGCUUGGGAACGAGUGUUGGCCAAAGACGCUAAAUUGCCUGAACGAGUCGCAGCUUGGAGUGUGAACAACGCGAUGAAAUUGAAACGUAAACUCGGUAUGGGUUUCAAACGAGUUGUGCAUGCGGCCAAACUCGAUAAAAAUGCCCAACAAAUGGAUUUACUGAGUGUGGCAAAACAAUCGUUGAAGGCGGCACGACGUGUGGUGAGAAAGAAAAAAAUUCCACUGCCCCGUACCAUAAACGUUCCAAAAACUAAAGGCGGUGUACUACCGCUUAUACCUAUAUUUGCCGGACUGUCGGCGUUGGGAGCUUUAGCCGGCGGUGCUGCAAAUGUGGUCAAGAUGGCUACCGAACUUAGCCGUAAAGGCAAUACAGCGAUAAGCAUGGGUAAAGGAUUUUACUUGCAACCAUACAAAUCGGGGUCUGGUUUCAAAUUGACGACGAGUACGAAAAAGAUGAUUCGAAAAAAUCAGACGAAAAAAACAAAAAACUAA